ACGACCCACCUAACCCAAUACAUUUUUGCACGUAAGUUGCCCCCCGUAUCGUUUCCAAUUACCAAUUGGAUAGAGCACGAAUGACUGCGCAGUCUACGCGCGACCACAAAAAAACAGCUUUCAACCGUUGCCGAUACCCGGUUAGGUGCCAAACGGUGCCCAAAGUUGGUCGACUCCAGUCGUCGAAAAUGUGCCAAAUCGUCCGUUUAUUGGUGGCGGCGGUUCUCUGUCUGGUUGGCGCUUCCGGUGCGGAAAUAGUGUGCGAUAGGAAACUUUCUCGGCCCAAUUAUAACUGUCCUCAGCAGGAUAGGACACUGGUGGUGGUGUUUCAGCAUGAGAAAUGCGUUGACCGAUACUAUCGGUGCGUUUCCGGAGUGGCGUAUGAAUUCCAGUGCCCGUUUGGGACUUCGUUCGAUCCGCUGCAGGGGCGCUGUAGGUGUGCAACGGACAUUGAGGUCAGGUUCUGGCAAGUGAAACGUCUGUUGCCUUCCAAUAAGUGUGUAGAGGGGGUAAAAUUCGUUGAACUUGGAGCUUUUGUGCCGCAGUACUUGAUGUGCGUUCGGGAAGGAGUGGCGGAGCUAAAGACAUGUCCUAUGGGACAGAGUAAAUCUAGAUCCGUUCAGCUAUUGUGGGUGUCUGAUCAUUGUGAAGGUUUUCUAACAAACCGGGCCCAACGAGGCGAACACGACUACAGAUGCGCGAAGAUGAACAAUGAGACUGACGUGGAUCGCGAUUGGAGGAAGUCAUCAAGUGAUAACUGCAAACAUGAUGAACUGAAGAACUACGAGUUAUCGAAGCUUGAAGGUUACAGACCUUCGUUCCAAAUGAAUCCUUUGGAGAUAGUUGAGCUAGCAAAGAAGUUUGGUGAACAGAGAUACAAACCUAUUGGUGAAAGUUUUUGUCCUGGUGUUGAUCCUGCUGCAGGUACAGGACAUAAGCUCCUUAAGGAUAUCGAGGAAAAUGAUAAUGUUCUGUAUCAAACCUAUCCACCAUGGUAUACAGGUAGUAGAAUGCAGGGAGUUUGCGCUGGACUAGUUCCUGAAUCUACCACCACAUCUUUUCAAACCAGUACUAGUAGCCAAACCACUUCUCCAUCUGAAACUACAACGACUACUGUAACAACUACUAGCACAACAAUUGCUCCUUCGGUUGUAUCUAAUCCUACUACAAGAUCUCGAGUAAUAGUCGCUCCUGAUAGUUCAAUGAUUGACGAAGGUGAGAGUGACGCAGUUCCUGACGAUUAUUAUUAUGAAGAUCCACUGGUUGGUAUACCGUAUCCAUGGGUCGACAAUGGUGACAGUACAGACACCGUGGUGGAUACCACUACAACUUCAACGACGGUAGCAGCUCCAACAACAAUGACAACUGUCGAUUUAACUACAACUACAACCACAGAUCCAACGAUCACCACUCCUAAGAUCGAUACUGAAGAUCCUGAAACAACGACUAAAAUAGUUACAACUACCUCUGCUGCUCCUACGACAACAACCGCUGAACCAACAACAACCGUAAUACCUACGACAACAACUGAUCCAAUUACUACAACUACUCUACAAAUCACUACCACUACUAUUCCUCCUACUACCAGUACGACAACUGAGGACCCAACGACUACCACUCCGGAAACAACAACAACUACAACAGAUUUGCCCACCACAACGACCGAUCCAACAACAACAACUGUCGAAACAACAACAACAACUGAAGCACCAACAACAACUGAAGAACCAACAACCACCGAAGAACCAACAACCACCGAAGAACCAACUACCACCGAAGAACCAACAACUACCCCAGAUCCACCGACAACAACUGUCGAAACAACAACAACCGAAGAACCAACAACCACCGAAGAACCAACAACCACCGAAGAACCAACAACCACCGAAGAACCAACGACAACAACUGUCGAAACAACAACAACUGAAGAAUCAACCACAACUGACGAACCAACAACUGAUCCUCCCACUACGACAACGGAAGAUCUUACGACUACACUCGAACCAACCACCACCACUCGUAGGACACGCAUAAUCACAACAACCACUACCACUGAUCCUCCAAUAACCACUACAACCCCCGAUCCUACGACUACCACCACAACUGUUACCACGACCACCACAGAUCCUCCCACAACUCCUGCCCCAACUACUACCACCACACUUGCACCAACAACCACGAGUACAACAACUCCAGAUCCAACGACCACCGAGUCCGACGAAGAGGACGAAACGACCUGUCUUUGCAUGAAGGUCAAGAAAACGACACCCGAUCCAACGACCACCACAACCGAGGACGACAGUACCCGAGACAAGCGGGAUGCUUUGGGUGAAUCCGACGGGAGCGGUACGACGGCACUACUGCCAUCGGGUAGCGUGACCAACACGACUACGGUACAGUUCUUCGGCAAUACGACGCCUCCGGAGUUGGGAGAUACGACGACGAUGGUCGAUACGGUCGCCUCGACGACCGAUUCUGGCCUCCGCAAAAAGAGACUGAUACCGAUUGAGCCAAUGAAGAGAAUAGGAAUAGUUCUUAGCUUUAAGUAG